CGCGUCUAAUGACACAGCACUUGGUCAAAUUAGAGGCGAGCAUCAACAUUUUGAGCUGAAAGUGAAACUUGACAAAGUUGUGAAAAUGUCAGGACACGGACAUGGUCACAGUCAUGGAGGCGGUGGUUGUGAUGACCACGACCACAUAACAGAAGCUGAAAAAGCAGCUGCUUACAGCUUGUUUCUGAAAAUUGACACUGAAAGAGUUGAAUGUCUGAAUGAAGCUGUGGAUGGCUCUGGAAAGGAUGUUUUCAAACCUUGGGACAAACGAUUAGAUAAAGAAAAGUUUGUGGAAAGUGAUGCUGAUGAGGAACUACUGUUUAAUAUCCCAUUUACUGGCAAUGUGAAGUUGAAGGGAAUUAUUGUAAUUGGUGGUGGAGAGGAGACUCACCCUAAUCUGAUGAGAAUUUACAAGAACCGACCACAUAUGACCUUUGACACAUGUGGUGCUGAACCUGACCAGAAGUUUGAGUUACAUCCGGACCCAACUGGGGCCUUAGAAUACAGUACAAAAGUCGCCAGAUUUAAUUCUGUGGAACAUCUUUCCAUCCAUUUCCCAAGUAAUUUUGGUGCAGACAACACAAAGGUUUACUACAUUGGUCUAAGAGGGGAUUUUACUGAGGCCCAUCGACACGAGGUAACCAUAUGUAACUAUGAGGCCCGAGCUAAUCCAUCCGAUCAUAAAACUAACUUAAUGGACAGUGUAAACCACCAGAUCAGCUGAUCUAAGAAAUAUGGGUUUCUCCGCGUAUCAACAAGAAGAUCUUCCUUUACUUGUUUACGUUCAUACUGUGGGAAGGAGUUCAUUCCUACCUGGUGUAUGCCUGGAAUGGAUUUUCUUUGGAUGAAAAGUGUAUGAUAAUAACCAGUCUCAUUGCUUAUAAUAAUGUUGUACAUUGCAACUUUUCAGCUAUGUGAUAUUCGUGGUUACACACUGCUUCAGUCUCGCUCAUCCAACAAGAGUACAAGAAAAGUUGAAAACAUCUUUUCUUACAGUCUUCACGCUCCAGUGUGAUGGCCUGCUGUCAUUGUAGUUUUAUUCAUGUCAAAAAUGCUAACAUUUCCAAAUAUUCUGUGGGUUUUUUCCUUGAUUUACGUUUCUUUCGUAGCAAUACAAAAUACAUUUCGGGAGAGUUUUCAUAGAAGAAAGAUUAAUCCAUUGCUUACGAAACCUCCAGAAGUACAAGUGGUUUAAUGUAAGGAGUGCUAUACUGUAACGUAUCCUAGUAUCUGAUAGUUGCUUCUGUAUCGGUAACAUUGGCAGUAGUGAUCACAUUUCACCGUUAUGUUUUAUUAUGACAUGUGGGAUAUGUGUAAUUCCUAAUAGAGGCAAAUAAAAACACCAGCUUGAU